GACACAGGCUAGGCCCGAGGCCCCUUGUCUUGUCGUGAUAUACGGGUCACGUGACACGGACUCCGCGCCGUGGGUGCGCCGGGUAGCACCUGUGGAGCACUAGGAGGAGUGAACAGAGGCUGAGGACGGUUACAGGCAGGUUGACGGCGGUCAACCACCCCGACUCGGAAAUGGCAACGACAGAACAUACCAAAGGAUGUCCAAAUGAAGACGUUUAAUUAUUCAUAGGUGAACGUCGCGAUGACGUAACUCGUGGUCUCCGAAACUUUUCCAAAAACUUAUGCCGCGCAGAAGGAUUAUAACAUGUACUCUUUUACGUGUUUAAUUGCUCUUUCUUGUUAACCGGUGGAUUCUAUUUUAUUAUUUAUAUUUAUUAUCAUUUCUCGUUGGCCCAUUAUCCGGGGUUGAAUCAUGGCGCUGUCCCAGAUACAGUGUUUGGACGAGAACCAUGUGAACCCGCGGACGCACGAGAACAAGCCCGAGUUUUUAUACUGCGAGAACCAGCGACUCGCGCUGGAGGUGCUGCUGCAGGACGGUCGCGAGGCCUUCCACGGGUUCCUCAAGGCUCGCGAGCUGCGGGGCUUCCUGUCGGACUCCGAACUGGACGUUCUCACCCGGCUGGUGGUGCCCUACGACCCGGGCUCCGACGUCCUACACGCGAGCCCCUUGGAAGACAGCGGCGACGGCGAGGACGGCGUCCCGCUGUCUCUGCACUACUGGCCGGAUCUGUCCGACACGUCGGUGCCCGAGCUGGACCUGGGCUGGCCGGACAGCGCGUCAUACCGGGGGGUGACCCGCACCACCGUGUACACGCAGCCACCGCAGGAAGGCCAAGCGCACAUUAAAGAGAUUAUUCGGAAAAGUAUUGCGCAGGCUACAAAGGUGAUCGCCGUAGUGAUGGACCUUUUUACAGAUGUCGACAUCUUCCGGGACCUGUUGGAGGCGGGGUAUAAGCGGAAGGUGUCGGUCUAUAUCCUGUUGGAGCCCUCUACGCUACCUCACUUCCUGUCGAUGUGCGACAGGGCCAAAAUGCACCCAGGACAACUCAAGAACCUGCGGGUGCGCUGUGCAGGGGGAGGGGAGUUCUUAACACGGUCCUGCACUCGACUGCGCGGCAGACUGGGACAUCGCUUCAUGUUUGUGGACGGUGACAAGGCAGUGUCUGGAUCCUACCGGUACACUUGGAUGUCAUCAAGGCUGGACAGACACCUCAUUACCGUGGUAACCGGCCAAGCAGUCGACGCUUUCGAUCGCCUGUUCUGUGAACUCUACGGCACCUCUAGCGCCGUGGACCUCAAGCAGGUUGCCAUGGAGCCAGAGCCCGAGCCCGAAUACAUCCCUCAACCCAUCGCCGUGGCCCCUUCUGCUGAAGUCACUAGGAAACGGCACAACCCUAUGUACGCCCUGCUCGGCAUGAGUAUGAACAACGCCAAUCCUGCCUCCGGUUCUGUCCCAAACAGCCCUCUAGACUCCAACACCCAGGAUAAAGUGGGAAUGGGGACAAAGGCCAAAAGGAAGAUGGCUGCAAAGGCAGCUCAGGUGGAAGCUCCUCCUCUCCAUCCAGGACUGAUGGACAUGGAGAAAGCUUAUAUGAUCCCAUAUCUGCCUACUUGGCCGGAGCCCGACCCGGACAGCGAUGUCAUUGGGUUCAUUAACGUUCGGGAUAACAGUCGGCAGAGCCAGGUGCAUAUGCAGCGCUCUGAGAGGUUUGAGACCAGCCAAGCUAUUCGAUUCAGCAGUCCAUUCAGCAUGCCCAAGGAGAUCCUUCCAGAGGUGGCCCUACUCAGGCAACGUGACAGUAAUCUCCAGGACAUCACAGGGAAAAAAGCUUAUCCCACACAGUUUGGCGCCCAAGAAGUUGCAGUUUAUAAAGAACAACCCAUAUCACCAAUCACAAGACUAUCUUCUACCCUUGCCACCAAGCCAUUAGGCCGAGAUGUGCACAUGAUUUUAAAUAGAUCAGUACAUAUCAUGACCUCUGAAACAAAAAUAAAGGCUGAAAAGCAACCUGUCAAUACUGAAUCUAAACCUUCUACAAACCCUGCAUCCCAACAAAUCACCACACCUCGUAUCGACACACCUACAUCUUUCAGUGACAAAGCCCCCAUAAUUAAAACUGGAUCUGCAGUGCCUACCCGCCCCGUACACUACCUAAUACAAGAGACCACAGACACAGAGAAAAAGAUACACAUUGAUCUUCUCUCGAAUUUGGACCACACGCUAACCUCUAACCCUGCUCCCUCGCCUGUCCAGGCCAGCCCGAUUGCAGUAUAUCAGCAGAACGCGGCACCAACCGUACAGACACAAAACAGGAUUGCAAAUAAAGUCUCAUGCAAGCAGGAUCUUGGUACAAAGCCACAAAGCCCCUCCAAAGAAGACUACAUUCCCUCCAUCCCAAGCCCCACCCUUAGUGGCAGUAUCUCAGCUUCAAAGCCCCGACACUCGGACGCCGACCCCCGACGCGAGUGA